AUGGUUGGAUUGGCGGGCGGGGGAAGUCAUUUGUAUCCCUCGCCCCCCAUGCAACCAAAUCCAGAAUUGAGAGAAAUGACUGGGAUAGCUCCUAGCGCUCCAACCAGCGCAGAUGCCUGCUUAAGCAUUGUACACUCGUUGAUGUGUCAUCGUCAAGGUGGUGAAAGUGAAGGCUUCAGCAAACGAGCAAUUGAAUCUCUUGUGAAGAAACUCAAAGAGAAACGUGACGAAUUAGAUAGUUUGAUCACUGCGAUAACUACCAAUGGCGCACAUCCAAGCAAAUGUGUCACUAUCCAAAGAACUUUGGAUGGUAGGUUGCAAGUAGCAGGGCGAAAAGGUUUUCCUCAUGUAAUUUACGCUCGCAUUUGGAGAUGGCCGGAUUUGCACAAAAAUGAACUGAAACAUGUGAAAUACUGUCAAUUUGCUUUUGACUUGAAAUGCGAUUCCGUAUGCGUGAAUCCCUAUCACUAUGAGCGAGUGGUAUCUCCGGGCAUAGACCCGUUCUUUACAGACCUAUCUGGCUUGUCAUUGCAAUCCGGUGUGGGUGUGGGACCCGGUGGAAGACUGGUCAAGGACGAGUAUACGGUUGGUGGCGGCGGCACGGCUGCUGCAGCGGCCGCUGCCGCGGUUGGGUCCGCGAUGGACGUGGACGGCGAGAUGAAUCAGACGAUUCAACAUCAUCCACCGGCUCAGUCAACCGCCUCGAACAAUGCACAACAGACUCAGCAGGGCUUUAUACCUGGUUUACCACCGCCCAAUUCAACCAGUACUGAGGGUAUGUUUAGCGCCGGUGGGGGCGGCAAUAAUGGUAAUCCCCAUGCUAAACUGGACGACAAUAAUUGCCCCAGACAAACCUGGAUACCUACGCCUCAUCACUCGGCAAGCCGUAAUAUGCAUCAUCCAGUUGUACAUCCAAUGAGUCACACCGUAGGUAGCCAGCAACAGUCGCUGAAUGCAGCGUCGAGUGGAACAUCCGGUGCGCAGAUUCUGAGUCCCGCGCAAGGACAAUCGACCACCGACACAUUCUACAACACCACCACACCUCCGCAGGAUAUCAACCAACCCCCGACAGUCGAUGCGUUAGCGGCUUCUCUGGGUGAAGGACAGAGUUCUCCUGUGUCGCCUGUUCAUCUUCAUCAUCCAAACGGUUUUCCCGUGGGUACAGCCCCGUACAAUUCCGGUGCGCCACAAUGGACUGGUGCCAAUACUCUCACGUAUACUCAAAGCAUGCAACCGCCAGAUCCUCGACAUCUUCAUACAACAUCGUAUUGGGGAGGCCAUGGAAAUGACGUCAGUGGAAACAUUGGAGGAUUGCUCUCUACGCAACCAGCACCAGAAUAUUGGUGUUCCGUUGGUUACUUCGAAUUGGACAUUCAAGUCGGAGAAACGUUCAAAGUCAGUAGUGGUUGUCCCACAGUCACCGUGGACGGUUACGUAGAUCCUAGUGGCGGAAACAGAUUCUGCUUAGGUGCCUUGAGCAAUGUGCAUAGAACAGAACAGAGCGAACGGGCACGUCUUCAUAUAGGGAAGGGCGUUGUAUUGGAUUUGAGGGGUGAAGGUGAUGUUUGGUUAAGAUGCCAGAGCGAACAUAGCGUCUUUGUACAGUCUUACUAUUUGGAUAGAGAGGCAGGUCGGGCACCUGGUGACGCAGUACACAAAAUCUAUCCCUCGGCUUACAUUAAAGUCUUCGAUUUAAGACAAUGCCACAAACAAAUGCGAGGUCAAGCCGCCACCGCACAAGCCGCCGCAGCAGCGCAAGCUGCAGCUGUCGCAGGCCAUCUUACACACGGAGCGCCUAUCACCAAAAGUCUCAGCGCAGCUGCAGGGAUUGGAGUCGACGAUUUACGAAGACUUUGUAUCCUGCGUUUAAGUUUUGUUAAGGGAUGGGGUCCAGAUUACCCGCGACAAAGUAUAAAAGAAACACCAUGCUGGAUUGAGGUGCAUUUACACAGAGCGCUUCAAUUGCUGGAUGAAGUGUUGCAUACAAUGCCUAUCGAUGGACCACGAGCAAUCGAAUAA